AUGAAGCUUAAUCCCAUUGCUCAAUAUUUUCUAGUAUUAUUAUUGUUAAUUGAUGUCCACGCACAAUGGCCUGAUCCUUCUAAGAAGACACAUGGCGCCAUUUGGCCUUUACCUCAAGAGAUUCAGAAUUCCUCAAAAACCUGGUCGAUAGAUCCUGAAAGCUUCAAGAUAGAAUCUGAUUAUCAAUGCGAUAUUAUCACUGAGGCUAUCAAGCGGUAUACUAAGAGGCUUUUCCCUAUGCGUGAAAAAUGUUCUUUAUCGUCUAAACAGGAUACGGCAGUAAAAAAACCAUUCACCAAUUGCUAUGUGAUGGAUUUGGAUAAGGAAUUGGAAGAACAGAGCAAACUUGUUGCAUUAAAAAUCAUAAUACAAAUUGCUUGUCCCAGUGGCGUUCCAACAAGUAAUAUGGACGAAAGUUAUAAGUUAGAUGUAACAUGGAAGGAGGCUAUAUUAAGAGCCAAUGAAGUUUGGGGCGCACUUCGAGGAUUGGAAUCAUUUUCGCAUAUGGUUUAUUGUGAUAAAACGAGUGGCUAUCAAAUUCGUGCGGAGAUUGUCAAAGAUUUCCCACGAUUUCCGCAUCGCGGUGUUUUAUUGGACACAUCCAGACACUUCCUGUCCGUAAAUGCCCUGAAGGGGAAUAUCGAUUUAAUGGCACAAAAUAAAUUUAAUGUAUUUCACUGGCACAUGACCGACACUGAAUCUUGCCCAUAUUCCUCGAGAGUUCUGCCCAAAUUGGAUCACGGAGCAUAUGACGAUAAACAUAAAUAUACAAUCGAGGAAAUUACGGAUGUUAUAGCAUAUGCUCGUUUACGAGGUAUAAGAGUUAUUCCGGAGUUCGAUUCACCAGCCCAUGUUGGAUCGUGGGGCAAAGGUUAUCCGAAUAUUUUGGCGAAAUGUUAUGCAGAAGGAUUUAUUAUCGAUUCAUUCAAGAGUAGUAUUCUCGAUCCAACUAAGGACGAGACGUGGGAUUUCCUCGAAACACUUUUCCAGGAAGUUUACGAAGUUUUUCCCGACGAUUUCAUGCAUAUUGGCGGUGAUGAAGCUGAUUUUUGGUCUGGGCCAUGCUGGAAGGAAAAUAAAAAUAUUAGCGAUUUUAUGGCACUUUAUGAGCUGAACACCACUCUUCAAUUACAAGGAUGGUAUUUAAAUAAGCUAAGGAUGAUGAUGGAUGGUAUUGGAAGGAAGAAAUACAUUUAUUGGCAGGAAGUAUUCGAAUCUGGGGCUCAAUUAACAGACUCAAUUAUUCAAGUCUGGAAGGGGAGGAGUAAUAUUGAGAUAAUGGCUUAUAUGCAUGAGAUAACAGCUAAAGGCAUAUCGGUUCUCUUAUCGUCAUGUUGGUACUUGGAUCGUAUCGAAAGCCUUUAUGACUGGUUUUCUUUCUAUCAGUGUGAUCCGCAAGCAUUUAAUGCCAGUGAAAUGCAGAAAAAACUUGUAUUAGGUGGAGAAGCAGCACUGUGGGGCGAGUGGGUCGAUGAAACUAAUGUAGUCGCUCGACUAUGGCCACGUGCUUCAGCUGUUGCCGAGCGUCUGUGGAGUCCUUCAAAGUCCACCCAAUUUGUUUCUGAAGCAUGGCCGAGACUUUUCGAAAUGCAAUGCCGGAUGGCAUCACGCGGUUAUCCAGCACAACCUGGAUAUGGACCUGGAUUUUGCGAUACUGAGUACCACAUCACACUUCCAGAAUAA